CAUUUACAACAUCAGAAAUACUAUCGACAACUAGUAUAACUCCUGGCACAACUAGUUCCAUAUUUACAACAACUUAUAGUACUACAACUCCUUUCACGCUAUCUACAACUAGUACAACUACUGGCAAAACUAGUUCAACAUAUACAACCACUUCUAGUACUACAACUCCUCUGAUGCCAUCUACAACAUCAGAAGUACCAUCCACAACUAGUACAACUUCUGGUAUAACACCUACUUCAACAUAUACAACCACUUCUAGUACUACAGCAACUCUGAUGCCAUCUACAACAUCGGAAACACCGUCCACAGCUAGUAAAACUCCUGGCACAACUAGUUCAUCAACAUUUACUACCCCUUCUAAAUCUACAACUCUUUUGAUGUCAUCUACAACAUCAGGAAUACCAUCUACAACUAGUACAACUCCUGGCACAACUAGUUCCAUACUUACAACAACUUAUAGUACUAGAACUCCUUUGACGCUAUCUACUGCAAGUUCAACUACUGGCAAAACUAGUUCCUUAUUUACAACCACUCAUAGUAAUACAACUCCUUUGAUACCAUCUACAACAUCAGAAAUACCACCCACAACAAGUACAACUCCUGGCACAACUAGUUCCAUAUUUACAACUACUUAUGGCACUAUAACUCCUCUGACACCAUCUACAACAUCAGAAAAACCAUCUACAACUAGUACAACUCCUGGCACAACUAGUUCAUUAACAUUUACAACCACUUCUACAACUACAACUCCUUUGAUGUCAUCAUCAACAUCAGAAUUCCCAUCUACAACUAGUACAACUCCUGGCACAACUAGUUCAACAUAUACAACCACUCAUAGCACUACAACUCCUUUGACACCAUCUACAACAUCAGAAAUACCAUCUACAACUAGUACAACUCCUGGCACAACUAGUUCCAUAUUUACAACCACUCAUAAUACUACAACUCCUCUGACACCAUCUACAACAUCAGAAAUACCAUUUACAACUAAAAUCCCAUCUACAACUAGUACAACUCCUGGCACAACUAGUCCAUCAACAACUGCUUCUACAACUACAACUGCUUUGACAUCAUCUACAACAUCAGAAUACCCAUCAACAACUAGUACAACUUCUGGCACAACUAGUUCAACGAAUUCAACCACUAAUAGCACUACAACUCCUCUGACACUAUCUACAACAUCAGGAAUACCAUCUACAACUAGUAUAACUCCUGGCACAACUAGUUCCAUAUUUACAACAACUUAUAGUACAAAAACUCAUCUGACACCAUCUACAACAUCAGAAAUACAAUCUACAACUAGUACAACUCCUGGUACAACUAGUUCAACAUACACAACCUCUUAUAGCAUUACAACUCCUCUGACACCAUCUACAACAUCAGAAAUACCAUCUACAACUAGUACAACUUCUGGCACAACUAGUACCAUAUUUACAACCACUCAUAGCACUACAACUCCUCUGACACCAUCUACAACAUCAGAAAUAGCAUCCACAACUAGUAAAACUCCUGGCACAACUAGUUCAUCAACAUUUACAGCCCCUUCUACAACUACAACUCCUUUGACAUCUUCAACAACAUCAGAAAUCCCAUCUACAACUAGUACAACUCCUGGCACAACUAGUCCAUCAACAACUGCUUCUACAACUACAACUGCUUUGACAUCAUCUACAACAUCAGAAUACCCAUCAACAACUAGUACAACUUCUGGCACAACUAGUUCAACAUAUUCAACCACUAAUAGCACUACAACUCCUCUGACACUAUCUACAACAUCAGGAAUACCAUCUACAACUAGUAUAACUCCUGGCACAACUAGUUCCAUAUUUACAACCACGUCAAGUACAAAAAGUCAUCUGACACCAUCUACAACCUCAGAAAUACAAUCUACAACUAGUACAACUCCUGGUACAACUAGUUCAACAUAUACAACCACUUAUAGCACUACAACUCCUCUGACACCAUCUACAACAUCAGAAAAAACAUCUACAACUAGUACAACUCCUGGCACAACUAGUUCAACAUACACAACCUCUUAUAGCAUUACAACUCCUUUGACGCUAUCUACAACUAGUACAACUACUGGUAAAACUAGUUCAACAUAUACAACCACUUCUAUUACUACAACUCCUCUGAUGCCAUCUACAACAUCAGAAAAACCAUCUACAACUAGUACAACUCCUGGCACAACUAGUUCAACAUACACAACCUCUUAUAGCAUUACAACUCCUCUGACACCAUCUACAACAUCAGAAAUACCAUCUACAACUAGUACAACUUCUGGCACAACUAGUACCAUAUUUACAACCACUCAUAGCACUACAACUCCUCUGACACCAUCUACAACAUCAGAAAUAGCAUCCACAACUAGUAAAACUCCUGGCACAACUAGUUCAUCAACAUUUACAGCCCCUUCUACAACUACAACUCCUUUGACAUCUUCAACAACAUCAGAAAUCCCAUCUACAACUAGUACAACUCCUGGCACAACUAGUCCAUCAACAACUGCUUCUACAACUACAACUGCUUUGACAUCAUCUACAACAUCAGAAUACCCAUCAACAACUAGUACAACUUCUGGCACAACUAGUUCAACAUAUUCAACCACUAAUAGCACUACAACUCCUCUGACACUAUCUACAACAUCAGGAAUACCAUCUACAACUAGUAUAACUCCUGGCACAACUAGUUCCAUAUUUACAACAACUUAUAGUACAAAAACUCAUCUGACACCAUCUACAACAUCAGAAAUACAAUCUACAACUAGUACAACUCCUGGUACAACUAGUUCAACAUAUACAACCACUUAUAGCACUAUAACUCCUCUGAUGCCAUCUACAACAUCAGAAAUCUUAUCUACAACUAGUACAACUCCUGGCACAACUACUUCAACUUUUAGAACUACAACUCAUCUGACACCAUCAACAACAUCUAAAAUACCAUCUAAAUCUAGUACAACUCUUGGAACACCAACUUCAACAUUUACUACCACAUUCAUUACUACUACUCCACUGACACCAUCUACAACAUCGGAAAUGUCAUCUACAACUUCUAGCCGUACAGCUACUUCCAAAUCUACUCUAACUGUUGUUACUGGAAACACCAAAUCUACCACUUAUGCAUCUGCAAAACCUCAAAUUGACAAUACCACAACCUCACUAUUUACAUCUACAACUACACCUGUGUCUACAGAAAUAACUUCUUCAAAUAGUACAACUUCUGGCACAACACCUACUUCAACAUUUACCCCCACCUCCACUUCUACAACUCCUAUGACGCUAUCUACAACAUCAGAAAUAGCAACUACAACUAUUACAACUCCUGGUACAACACCUACUUCCAGAGCCACAACCACUAGAUCUCCUAUAACUACACUACUUACAACAACACCUUUUAUACCUCCAACACCACCACAACCAAACCCAUGUUAUGAAUGUAUAAACAUAAAUGGAAGUUUCAUCCCUGUUCAACGGGAUUGUCUUCCACCGCAAAACAUCACCUGUGAAAAUCACCAGCCAAGCGUGCUGCUAGAGGAUAAGCACGAAUGCUGCCCUUAUUACGUCUGUGAUUGUAAGUAUGCUGUACUUCUCAAGCACUACAUUUUAGAAUUUAAUCAGUGUAAUGAUAUCUAUGCUGAUGUCCUCAUUUCUGCUGUACACUUAGAAGAAUGAAUACAGUAGCAGAACCUAUUACUCUACAUGCUGUUCCAAAUAUUUAUAAAGGACAUAAUAAAGACAGAGAUAUCUGAAAGUGUCUGUCUCUUUGAAUCCAUCGGUCACAGUGGAUUAGAUCCUAAAAUUUUAUUCAAAUGUAAUUGGCAAAAAAAAAAAAAAAGUAAUCUAUA